UCUAUAAAUAAUUGUGACUUCAUUUUCAGGUGUUUUUCUCUGAAACCAUCUUAUAAGAACAGAUGCUGUUUAGAAAUGCUAAACGCCCAAACCUUUAAAUCACGUCGUCUGCUCUUUUACACUGGUGGUGGUGGACAUUUCCUUUUAAAGUUGAUAGAUUCCAAUCAAGUAACACACCUGUGAAAAUGGCUGGUAAUGCACAAAAAGAUAAAGCCCAAGGAGGAGAUAAUAUGCAGAAAAUAGACUUGACCACUUUGACACUUCCACAGCUGUCUCAGUUAAAGCAGCAACUUGAACAAGAUUUAAGCCUGUACCAAGAUUCUCUUCAGACUUUGAAAAUUGCACAGACAAAAUUUCAAGAAUCAGCUGAAAGUGCUGAGAAACUAGAAUCUACCCAGGAAGGUGCACCUAUACUUGUUCCACUCACAGGAUCUAUGUAUGUGCCUGGAAAAAUCAGUAAACCAGAACAACCUUUGAUUGAUAUUGGAACCGGUUACUAUGCAGAGAAUACAAUUGAACAAGCUAAGAGUUAUUUCAGACGUAAAGUAAAGUUUGUUACUGAACAAAUGGAGAAAGUACAGAUGCUUGGUAUUGAAAAGAGUCAAGUCAGAGAUGCUGUUGCUGAAGUGAUGGAUUUGAAAGUACAAGCCCAAGUUGCCGCCAACCCUCAGGCUGCAGUUCGCGCUUAAACAGACCAUCCGUACAGUAUAAUAAAUGAAUAAUAAAAUUUCAUCAUCAACAAA